UAACUGCGGAGCGGACUCCGCUACUGGUUCCUGCGCCUGCGCGCUCGCGGUCCCGCCCCAAGCCGCUUUCCGAGGCCUGGUGCCCAGAGCCUGCUGUCGCUUAGCAACACACGAGUCACAGUCGCGGCGCUCCGCGCACCCCUUUCCUGGCAGGGCUUAGUCCUUCGUCUUUCCGUGAGGCUCCUCAUUGCCUCGUGUCAGGCCGUAGGAGCCCAUGGAGGGAAAGGAGGAUAAGCAGCAACAGCAUAAAAUAGAAGAUGCUGGUAUAGUGCAUGGUGACUGGUGGUCACAUAGUAAAGGACUGGAAAACCCCUUCCAACCACCUUAUGACACUAACAGCACCCAGAGGAGUGACUUUCAAAAACCAACAUGUCCAUUGGUUUCGCCAAUCAAAUACAGCAAGUUGCAAAAGCCUUCUUGUGGAAUAGUUCCACUUGCCUCUCCUGAUGCAUCAGCAGAACUUCAAAAGAGUUUUAUAGAACGCAUCUCUUUUAUACAUCAAUAUGAUGCCAGGAAAUCACCGAAUGAGCCCAUCCGGGGAAAGCGACAUGGAGUUUUUGUGCAGACGGAGAUAAAACCAGGGAGUAGGCCAAUAGUUCCUAAGGGAACAGAGGUAUUACUGAAUGCUCUGGGGUCAUGCUCAUCAGAACAAUCCAAAAAAACAGAGAAAGGAAACUCAGCGGAAAGCAAAAUGAUCUCACCCAGUCUCCCACAAAAUUCCCAGGAGUUGUUGGAGACUACAACUCACUUAUCAGAAACAGACAUCAGAGAGGCAGCCAACGCAUGCCCCAGAACUCCUGAGAGAAGGGAGAGGACUGCCGGCAUCUUUCAAAUAACUGCAGUAAAUGCUCUUCUCACCAGGCAUGAUCCUUUAAGUCCAGCAAUAAAAAGUCAGGACAAAUCAGGAUAAAUUAUCUUUUCCAGAUAAAAACAUAAUCCUUGGAAUGUAGAGAAAUUUCAAGAUCAUCGUAAAGGCCCUGACAUUUGCUUUUUCUGUUAUCAAUA